AUGAGUCCUAAAACUUUUAUAGUACUCUCGUUGGUCAUAGCUUUUACGGCUUACGGUAGGUUUUUGUUGAAAAUCUGUGAGAGUUUUUGUCUAGGAAAAAGUCAUCAUCCUAGUCCUAGUCCCCAUGGGAGCAGUGGAAAUCAUCAUGGACAAAAUCAUGGUAAAGAACAUGACCAUGGUCAUGCUAAAGCUCAUGACAAGGAGCAUGGCAAAAGUCAUGGUCAAAGUCAUCAAAAUUCCCAAGGCCAUGAGCAUCCUCAUGAUCACGGCCAUGAUACCAACCAUGCCUAUGGACAUCAACAAAGUCAUCAGCAAGGCCACGAACAUCCCCAGGACCACGGUCACAACGGCUACGGCCAUAAAGGCAAGUCGCAUGGCCACGACGCCAACGACAAUGGCCAUCACGAAGGCAACGAAAACAUGCAUCUGGACAAGGACGGCAACUUCAUCAACCCACAAACCCAACAAGUUCUGAAAGAACUCAGCGAGCUGCACUUUGUGAAACCAAUGGAGACCGAAAACGUCCCAUGCGAGCAUUUGUUGCGCCCUCAAAUCGACAAGAACCCCUUUGCCAAGAAGUACAGACUCACGUACAAGGACCCCGAUUUUGAGGAGGAUCUGGCCACGGACUGUGAGUCCAUUUGGCUGCGAAACAACUUUUACACAAAGCCCCUGAGCAGAGAGGAAGAGGACUUCCCAUUGGCCUUCGCCAGGAACGUUUAUAAGGUAAGGAAAACAUCGUUCGAUUUCAACGGAAAUCCUGUCAAUUUAUUCAAAUUUUUCGGUCUGUCGGAAAAAUAAUCAGCAUUCUGUCGCAUCGAAAAUCGCAUCGAAGAAAUGAAUUGUGUUGCGGCAACAUGAAGUUGCUUUUCACUUUAGCGACGCGAUCGGCACAAACAAUUUGCUCAUUAUUUUCCCGACAAAAAGAACUCGAUUUUUAGCGACACAAUUAAUUUUUUCGGCGGUGAUUUUCGAUGCGACGUAGUGCUCACAAUUUUCCCGACAGACUAACAGAAACAUGUUUCAGGACUACCGUUUCAUUGAAAUGGAGCUCUCGACAACCUACGCUCCCCAAAAUCUGUAUUGCUUCGGCAUUGACGGAAAAUCGGAUGCACUCUUCCAGCUGCGGAUGAGAAACCUUUCUCAGUGCUUCAACAACGUCUUCCUGACCGAACACCGCUACACCAUGGACAGCAAAGGUCAUAACACAAACUUGUAUCACAUUGAAUGCAUGAAGGUUUUGCGGGAAACGCAGAAACCCUACAAAUACUUGUUUUUGCUGCAGGCAAGUGAACACCAUCGGGUCUUGUAAGCAAAAAAUACUCUUUUUAGAAUCAUGAUGUGUCCUUGCACACGAACGAAGAGUUGGUUCACAUUUUGACAACCUUCCACGGAACCAAUGACAUCUCCACGGUGCCAACCAGACCAGCGAAGAAAAUCAAAUGGGAUUUCGAGAAUAUGAGGGUCUUCAAGAAUAGUAAGCCCAAAAUUUAUUGUUGAGAGUCCGGUGACAAAAAAUGCAUCUCAUAGGAGAAGUACGCCAAAUGCCACGCUUAGAUUUUGAUGAAACUUGGCACAAAUUUAGCGACUUUUUCUAAGACCUAAAGGGGGGGGACCUGAUCCAGUGGCAAAAAACGUACCAUUUUGCAUCCAGGAAGUAUCAAAAAUGUGGCAAAAUACCUCCCUCUCCAAGUGAAAAAACUACGACUUCAAAAGCGCUCCCAUUCUUUUUGUGAGGAAAAAGAAUGGGCGCACCCUUCAAAACGAAGCUUUUUCACGUGGAGAGGGAAGCAUUUUGCCACAUUUUUGAUACUUCCCGGAUGAAAAAUGGUACGUUUUUUGCCAUUGGAUCAGGCCCCUCGUAAAUGACCUUCAACGAUUCCCCUAAAUACCUCAUUUCCAGUUGCCCGAAAUCGCCAAGUCCACAACAAUUUUGAGCCGAAACUCGUCCCAACCCGAGGAUUCGUUCAAUCGACCCUAUCCAAAGACGCAAUUGACUUCAUUCUGGAUGAACUGACCUUGGACGUCAGUAUCGCCUGGUUCAGUCUGUAUCCCAAAAGCAAAGACGAAUAUCUCUUCAGCACUAUCAACAACAACGACAAUAUUGGGCUGCCAGGAGGAUUUACGAGCAAGUGUACCAAAAAUAAUGGAACCACUACGGGAGUUACGAGGUAGGAGAGAAAAAACGAUAAUCUACUGACUUUUUCAACUGUUCAGAUACAAUAUUUGGCAGCGGAAUGCAACUCUAUGCGAGAGUAAACUGUUUCGCCAUGGGCUGUGCGUUUUUGGCCUUGAGGAUUUGAUCCCCAAGCUGGGAGAGUCCCCCUUCUUCUUUGCCAACAAAAUGAUGCCAGAGAAGGACUUUAGCGCCAUCGCUUGUUGGCAUGAGAUCCUGUUUAAUCGGACCUAUCAUCAACGAGGACUGCAUCGAGUUCAGGAAAACUAUUAUUGGAAACUACCGACGAUUAGAUUUAGGUCUGAUCGAGAAAUGAUGGGAGACAAAUUCGACUCGGAUACCUUUAACUGUACUGCCUAUGAUUGGGAGAAAAUUGGGACCAAUAUUCAGCCCGAUGGACUGAGAGUAAGUGGCAACCAAGCGGAUCCAGUCAAAUUCAAAAUUGAAAAGUAUUCUCAAUCCAAAAACGACAGUAUUUUUUGGAUAGGAUAUCUUUUGAUAUCAAAUUCGGACCCAAUUUGGCUGUCUUUUCGAUAUUCAUUUUGGCACAAGAUCCAGUCACCAAAAAAGUGUAAUUUUGUUUCCAGGAGGGAAUAAAAUUACCCAAAAAUACCUGCCUUCUCCAACCAAAAACAGCUUUGAAGACCGUGCUCUUUCAUUCAUAUGUCUGUCGGGAAAAUAAUGUGGAUUUGUCGCAGCAAAGUGUCUCGCUUCGUCGCACACCAAAUCUCAAGCCGCGGCUAGCCGUCGGUGAUGAUUGGCGAUUCCAAGGCGCGACAAGUCCACAUUAUUCCCCCGGCAGACUGAUAAACAGAGCGCAAAUUCAAGCAGUUUUUUGGUAAGAAAAGAGAGGUACUCCGCGGGAAUUUUACUGCCUCCUGGGAACAAAAUUGCACAUUUUUAGUGACUGGAUCAUGUGCCAAAAUGAAUAUCAAAAAGAUGGCCAAAUUGAGUCCGAAUUUGAUAUAAAAAGAUAUCCCUAUCCAAAAAAUACUGUCGUUGUUGGAUUGAGGACAUUUUUCGAAGCAACUUUUGGCUCACAUUAACUUCUUUUUCGACACUGCCGCCGACCAAAAACAUAAUUUUUCGUUUAUCUUCAGCUAAUUGAAUCUUGA